AUGGCCGCACCGCCGCCGCCGGCGGCGGCGCUCCCGGACGAGCUCGUCCAAGAGAUCCUCGCCCGCCUCCCGCCUGACGACCCAGCCUCCCUCCUCCGCGCGUCCCUCGUAUGCAAGGCCUGGGGCCUCGCCGUCUCCCACCCCGGAUUCCGCCGCCGCCUCCACGAGCUCCACCAAGCACCCCCCUUGCUUGGGUUCCUCCCCAGCUGGGCCAGCGAUGACACCUGCACCUUCAUCCCCACCACGGCCACGUCCUUCUCCCUCCACGCUCCGGACUGGCACUCGUGCCGGGCCGUCGACUGCCGCCACGGCCGCGCCCUCUUCCUCUCCGUGAACCAGCACGCCGAGACACUCCUCGUGUGGGAGCCCAUCACCGGCGCCCAGAACCGCCUACCUGUGCCCGCGGCGUACGACAGCGCCAAGCCAUUUCCGGGCGCGCUGAUGUACUCUAACGCGGCGGUGUUGUGCGCAGCGGACCGGUGCGACCACCGCGACUGCCUCGGGGGUCCUUUCCGCGUGGUCUUCGUCUUCGAGGAGCACACCAAAGAGGAGCAAAAUGUCACAUCGGCGUGCGUGUACUCGCCGGAGGCCGGUGCCUGGGGCGAACUGACCUCGUUGCACACCGAGCUCUCCAUAGAAAUCACAGACAAUUCCAGCGUGCUCGUUGGCAGCUCACUGCUCUACUUCCGGGCCAGCGCGUCCGUCCUGGAGUACGACUUGGCAAGGCAUGCCCUGACUCUGUUCGUCCCACCAGACAAUGACGAGAACGUACGUUUUAAUCUCAUUCUGACGGAGGACGGUCGACUAGGACUUAUUGAAGAUUGGUGUCCGCAUCUCAAAUUGUGGACACUGGAGAAAGCGAGUGAGGACACUGAUGCACAAUGGGUGCUGAGCCGUGUCAUCAACCUGCACAAUUUUUUCCCAGCUAGUGCUCGCUUGAGUGAAGGUUAUGGAGUGUGGGUGAUGGGCUUCGUCGAGGGAGCUAAUGUCAUUUUCGUUAACUCACUUGCUGGCGUCUUCACGAUUGAGCUACAAUCAGAGGAGGUGAGGAAGGUGUUUGUUCAUAGUAGCUUUGGUAAUUUGGUUCCGGUUGUCACCUUCUACACUCCUGUGCUCCGAGGCGUCCAACAGCAUCUGCUGGUGUCAAAGCCUAGUGGGGAGGCAGGUGGUGAGGAGGGGGGAGAGGGGGGGAAAACAAUAGAUCAGGCACAAAAGCUGUUCGACAAGGGGUCCAAUGCUAUCAGUAAGGGAGACUUUGUGAACACCUUCAAAUGCGUCAGCCACGACCACAAUAUCAGGUCUCCAGGCCAUGUGGAAGUUGCUCCAGCCUGUGCUAGCAUGUUUGGCAAAUAUGUAUGUGCAUACAAAGCUCAAGAAGUGAAUGGUUCUUUGGAUUCUGUCCCCAAGAGUGCACCAAUUGAAGAAUUGGUGAAGGGCACAACCAGGGAAGAUGAUGCUGGGGACUCAAAGACCUCUGGUAGCAGUGUUGAAGAUGCUGCUCCAUCUUCGGAGAAAUGUAAUUCUCAAGAAGUGCUACGCUGA